GUUAACAUGGCGCGUGCGCUCGCUGUCUCGAGCUGAGUCAAAAACAACAACAACAACAACAACAACAACAACAGCAACAUCAUCAUCAUCACCGAUAACAUCAGCAGCAACAUCAUCAGCUCCACCGGGUUACAUGGCGUUUAACCGACACCGCGCACAGAAACAGCUCGUUAUGUGCUCAUUUACUGCACACUAGUGAAUCUAGGUAUCUUCAACCAAAAGCCCUUUGGGCCUUUUUUAAAACUUGUUCGGAGAGAAUUGGAGUGGCAUGGAGGACCCUAGGAGCCCCAUGAAGCUGGUUAAACAUUCCCGCUCAAAUAGGGGUAGCUCUUCGUCCUCCAAAUCACAUAGGGAGAACCCAAAAGCCCCAAGCCGAAGCAAGGACGCCAUUCCCCGGGUGAAAGAAGAUCUGCAGGGCAGUCAUAGCAGCGGCCGGACCCGCACCGGCAGCCCUCAGGAGCAGGGGAAGGGUAAAGCCCGCAGGUUGACUGGCAGAACCAACUCUGGGGAGAGGGCGAAAGGAAAGACUGAAGCCCGUCAGCAAGCCCUGGACAGCAAAAUUCCAGGCCGAGGCAGCGGGCCGGGCAAGGACGCAGGAUCAACACUGCUGCUCAGCACAUGCCAGGAUACCUCAACGCAGAACAGCACCAUCACAGCUGAAGACAAGACACCUGGUGUGCAGGCAGGAAGACAAAGAGGCGAGCUUGGAGCAGAGGUCACAGAGAUUAUGGAGGUGGGAAACUUGAUCUCUGACCAGCAGUUGGGACUCAAACAGGCUGAGGAGAGACUGCAGAGAGAUUACAUUCACCGGCUGCUCAAGCAAUCUCCUGAGUACCCAAAUUUCCAGUAUAUAUGCAAACUGUGUUCAGUCCAUGUGGAGAACAUCCAGGGUGCACACAAGCACAUUAAAGAGAAACGCCACAAGAAGAACAUCAUGGAAAAGCAGGAAGAGAAUGAGUUGCGAGCGCUGCCUCCUCCCUCUCCUGCCCAGUUGAGGGCGCUAGACUGCGCUGUGCUGGAGGCUGCAAAGUUGCAUGGUAUUUCAGAUGAAGAUUUUCAGCUGAGGCAGGCCGUGGUGUCCCAAAUGGAGGACAUUAUACGUAAACAGCUCUCAGCGUGCUCUUUGCGUCUAUACGGCUCCUGCUUAACCCGCUUCGCCUUCAAAUCGAGUGACAUCAACAUCAAUGUGUCUUAUCCUUCCACUAUGACUCAACCUGAUGUGUUGAUCAAGGUGCUGGAGAUAUUAAAGAACAGCGUGGAGUUUGUUGAGGUUGAGUCUGAUUUUCAUGCCAAAGUUCCUGUUGUUUUCUGCAGAGAUACGGCAAGUGGGUUAAUUUGCAAAGUGAGCGCAGGCAAUGAUGUCGCGUGCCUCACCACCAAUCACCUCGCAGCUUUGGCCAGACUGGAGCCGAGACUGGUGCCUCUGGUGCUCGCCUUCCGUUACUGGGCCAAUCUGUGCCACAUUGACUGUCAGGCGGAGGGAGGAAUCCCGUCUUACUCUCUCUCUUUGAUGGUCAUCUUCUUCCUGCAACAGAGGGAAAAACCUGUCCUGCCUGUUUAUCUAGGACCCUGGAUCGAGGGCUUUGAGGUGAAGCGUGUGGAUGAGUAUCAUCUGACUGGGUUGGAGUCGAGUCUGUUUGUGGGGUGGGAGCACAGACCAGCUCCUCCAGGUGAGGGGCGAGGAGAGGGCAAAGCCAAACCUGAACCCAAAAACCCCACUGAGAAGAGAGAAAAGAAGGACGAACAUGCAAUGGGCAAGGCUCGUUUGACAUUGGAAGAGCCGGAGAGUGCGCCUCUAGGUCAGCUGUGGUUGGAACUCUUGCGGUUCUACACACUAGAGUUUGCCCUUGAAGAACACAUCAUCAGCAUCCGCCUGAAAGAACUGCUGCCGCGAGAACUCAAGAACUGGCCUCGACGCAGACUUGCCAUUGAGGACCCAUUUGCAUUGAAGAGGAAUGUGGCUCGCAGUCUGAACAGUCAGAUGGUGUUUGAGUACAUACAGGAACGUUUCCGUAUGACGUACAAGUACUUUGCCUGUCCUCAGAGCAGAAACGCAGUGAACAGCAGCCGCAGAUUACCGAGAAAGAAGCCCAGACACGUCGCCAGAAUUCGAUCGCAUGCUUGCCACGACACUGCCAAAUUCAACAGCCAGGAGCGCAAGAACAUGGAGAAGAAUGGCGACGAGGAGGAUGGAGAGAGUAGUGAUGAUGAUGAUGAUGAAGAAGAUAAAGAGACAUGUGAUAAAGAGAAGAGCCUGAGAAGAGGUUUCACAGAACUUCUAGUGACUGUAAUGCUGGAUGAUUUGUCGUCCAUUGCCACGUCCCCCUCCUCAUUGAACGGCCUGCUGAUGGACAGUGAGGAAGACGAGGAUUCUUAUGAAGAACUUGAGAUGGAGCAGGAGAGUAUCGCUCCAGAGGACACGCACUAUAUCUUUGACAGGAUGAUCUUCACUGGAGGAAAGCCUCCAACGGUAGUGUGCAGUAUCUGCAAGCGAGAUGGUCACCUUAAAGAUGAAUGUCCUGAAGACUUCAAAAAGAUCGAGCUGAAACCUCUGCCUGCCAUGACUGAACACUUCAGAGAUAUCCUUGAUGGCCUCUGCGUGCUCUGUUACCGUGAGCUGUCGCCAUCUCUUGGAGAGCAGCAGAAGAGGGAACAGAUUUUAGCCAGUUUGGAGCGCUUCAUUAGAAAAGAGUACAAUGAUAAGGCUCAACUCUGUCUGUUUGGCUCUUCUAAGAACGGUUUUGGGUUUCGUGACAGUGACCUGGACAUCUGUAUGACACUGGAGGGUCAUGAGACAGCAGAGAAUCUGAACUGUAAGGAAAUCAUAGAGGGUUUAGCCAAGGUGCUGAAGAAACACACAGGUCUAAGGAAUAUCUUGCCUAUAACAACUGCUAAAGUGCCUAUAGUGAAGUUUGAACACAGGCAGAGCGGACUGGAGGGAGACAUCAGUCUCUACAACACACUGGCCCAACACAACACCCGGAUGUUGGCCACAUAUGCUGCUAUAGACCCUCGUGUGCAGUAUCUGGGCUACACUAUGAAAGUAUUUGCAAAGCGCUGUGACAUUGGCGACGCCUCCAGAGGAAGUCUCUCCUCUUAUGCUUACAUCCUCAUGGUGCUGUAUUUCCUGCAACAGAGACAACCACCUGUCAUCCCUGUAUUACAGGAGAUAUUUGAUGGCAGCACUGUUCCUCGGAGGAUGGUGGAUGGCUGGAAUGCUUUCUUUUUUAAUGAUCUUGAUGAGAUGUGGAGGCGUCUUCCAGAGCUCCAUCAGAAUAAGGAGACAGUUGGAGAGCUGUGGCUCGGCCUGCUGCGUUUUUACACAGAAGAGUUUGAUUUUAAAGAGCAUGUCAUCUCCAUCCGACAACACAAGCGCCUCACCACAUUCGAGAAGCAGUGGACCUCCAAAUGCAUCGCAAUCGAAGAUCCCUUUGACUUGAACCAUAACCUCGGUGCUGGCGUCUCUCGCAAAAUGACUAACUUCAUCAUGAAGGCCUUUAUCAAUGGCAGGAAGCUGUUCGGCACCCCGUUCUACCCUCAGCCUGGAACAGAGGCAGAAUAUUUUUUUGACUCAAAGGUGUUGACAGAUGGUGAGUUGGCUCCUAAUGACCGCUGUUGUCGGAUCUGUGGGAAGAUUGGUCACUAUAUGAAGGAUUGCCCAAAGAGGCGCAGAAUGAAGAAAAAGGAGAACGAGAGAGAGGAAGAGGUUAGAGAAGAGGAGAGAGAGCCGAGAGAGAGACGCUGUUUUCAGUGUGGUGAUAUGGGUCACGUGAGGAGAGACUGUCCUGAUUACAAACACCUGCGGCAGAGAGGAGCGCCUGGACCAGUCCCUCACAUGAUCCGAGCAAUGGCAAGCUCUCAAUCCAUCCCCAUUCCUCAGGGCGCUUCCGUCCAGGAUCGGGUCGGCCGGAACAGACAGACCUCUGAAUGUUCUGAUACACUUCAAACUCCUCCCUACUCUCCUCAGCCGUCGCCGUACAGCCAGACAUCUGUUUCACCGCAGAACAGCAAGCCUUCCUUAACCUCUACCACCACUGGCCUCCCCAAACCUUCCCAACCACAACAACCGCAGGUUCCACAGGUCCAACUUCCCAUCUUCAGCUUCCCACAGUCACACCCAGGCCAGUACCACCAUGCUGGGCUCUCUGCAUUGGGUCUCCUGCCCUCCCACCCCCAGCAACCCGCCCUGACCGCGGGCUCAUGGCCCGUCCACGGCCCCAUCAUCCAGGGCUCUGGGGCUUCCACUAGCUCCACCCACCCCGGCCAGCAUACCUCGACUCCUUGCCUGAAGUUUGCCCUUCGCGGUGGGGGCGGGAAUGGAGGUGGGCAGGCGGUGAGUCCCGCCCCUAUGAAUCUCAAUGACCCCAGCAUCAUUUUCGCACAGCCGUCAACUGGGCGGGUGCCCGGGGGGGUCGGGGGCCCAGGCAGAAACAGGGGUCAUCAAUGGCACAAUCACCAUCUCACUCCAGGUGCACUAAUUGGAAAUGGCACGGUAAACAAGACAGAUCCUGGUUUCGUGUCUCAUCUUGGGAGUGUGAAUCAGGGCUCUCGGUCUUGGGAACACAGCAGUGCUGCCCAGUAUUCAUUGUCUCCAUCCUACAUGCCCUACCGUAUGCCAACUUACCUUCAACAGCCCAAAAAACCCUACAUCUCACAAGGUUCGAUGGUGGCAAAUCAACCCAAUUACCCGCUUAUUCAACACGGUCGGCACGGCAAUCUCAACUACAUUCAACAGAAGAAAUGAAGUGACACUUUACUUUUUAAACCAGUGCCCAACAUGUUUAUAGAAAAGACUAACUUUGCAUCAUUUGGUCGAGACUUUUUAAAAUGAAUUUUAUCAUUUUUGUACUGUUUUUAAUGUCUUAUUUUCCUUUUAUUUCAGUGUAUCAUCACAUAAAAUUGUGAUACAAAAUGUCAAAUAUUUUAAUACCCCUAUUUUUGGAUGGGUCCAAAAAAAAGUGUUUUUAUUUUAUGUGUAAAGUAAGGAUUUAAAAUGUAUUCACUUUACUUUUAUUAGCUGUAUUCCUGUUUUGCUUGCAUGAGAACAAAGGCUUUAGAUAGGAAAAUAAAGCUCAACACCCGAUCAGAUAAUUAUGUAGUGCCAAAAAUCUUCCCAAUAGGAAACCAUGAAAACUGACACAAAAAAAAAAAGAUCAGAAAAAAAAAUAAAGAAAAGACCAAAAAAAUAAAGAAAAGAA